UUUGUAAGGAAUUUCUCCUUAUGUAAGGAACUUUCAGGCAUAUACACAUGUGAUGCAUGCACAUGCACCCACAUGUGAUACACAAUAAAUUGGGCACUAUACUUUAUUUGUAAGGAAUUUCUCCUUAUGUAAGGAACUUUCAGGCAUACACAUGUGAUGCACAUGCACCCACAUGUGAUACACAAUAAAUUGGGCACUAUACUUUAUUUGUAAGGAAUUUCUCCUUAUGUAUAAGGAACUUUCAGGCAUACACAUGUGAUGCACACCUACAGUCAUGUGAUACACAAUAAAAUUGGACACCAUAAUUUAUUUGUAAGGAAUUUCUCCUUAUGUAAGGAACUUUCAGGCAUACACAUGUGAUGCACACCCAUGCAUACAUGCAUGCACAUGUGAUACACAAUAUACUUGUAAGGAAUUUCUCCUUAUUGUAAGGAACUUUCAGGACAUACACAUGCAUGCAUGCAUGCAUAUACAACGAAAUUGCAACUAUAAUUAUAUUAUAGUAAGCAAUUUCUCCUUAUGUAAGGAACUGUCAGGGACAUAUAAUUAUAUAUAAUAUAUAAUUAUGUACACAUGCACACCCACAUGCAUGCAUGCAUGCAUGUAUGUGUGAUCGGCACACAUAUUUGUAAGGAAUUUAUACUCAUGUAAGGAACUUUUAGGACAUGUAUAUACAUGCAUGUAUACACAACAGACGCUGCAUGUGUAAGGAAUUUAUAGGGCGCAUGCACAUAUACAUGCAUGCAACCCGUAUAACCGCAUGCAAACAAUGCACACUCAACUCACAGUCUGCCAUUUGUAAGGAAUUUAUCUUGAUGUAAGGAACUUUGUGGACAGACACACACACACACACACACACACAUGCAUAUCUACCUAUAUAUGGUACAUGUAUAUGGCGGGUAUAAUCUUCGAGUGCUAAUAAUUAUGUUUUGUCAAUGUGCAAUUCACAAAUUGCACCAACCCCCCGAAAAUAUCAACCGCAAAAAGUGCCUGUUCAUUAUAGAGUCUACCCUUGAAAAAUAAUUACCCGCCAAAAUUAUAACAUACACUGUACAUAGUCUCGCAAGUCAGGUUAUAAUAUACCAGGGUCUCCAUGGGUCCGCGAGGUUACACUGUACACGCGCAAUAACUCAAAAGCUGAGAGGUAUACGUAAAGAUCACAGGCCUGGUCUCGAGGCAAGGCAUGGCCCGGCCACAGCUGGCCAGAGCAGCUCAGGGUAUAAGUUAUUUUACUUACGUCAUCCCUUACCACUGAACACACACAAUUCAUGUGCUCUCAAAUCAUGCAUUAUAAUUAUCACCACUCAAGAGUACAGCCUUUUAGACAGCUACUUAAAAAUCCCCACGGUGUAGGUACUGACGCACAAGUGCCCCUGGUUAGAGUACACCUAGUACAGUCAGUUAAUAUGCUGCCACACUCCAGUGAGGCACGACAACGUAGGCCGGAGAGAACAGUGGACCUGCAUGGGUGUAUGGGUCGGGUAUAGGAAGUGGAUAUUGUGUACCGGCCUGGCAAGCAAUGUGCAAAUGCAGACGCAUUAUCUCGAAGUCCCCUCUCAAACACCAUAGUUGAGGCAGACACAACCGAAGAUGACCCAGUGGUAACUAAAGUCACUGCUACUGAAGUGGAGAGUUCAAGAACAAUUGCUGAGCUUCUGACAGCAGAUCUAGAUGCAGAAGUUUCAGGAGUAACUUCAUCAUUCGGCAGUGCGCAGCGAAAGGAUGCUAACCUAGUUGCCACAUUCACGUUUCUCGAAGAACAAGUGCUACCAGAAGACCCCCCGUUGAAAGCAAGGAAGAUUGCUUUGCAAGCACCCUUGUUUGCUGUUGUUGAAGCCAUCCUGUAUCACCUUGAUCCCAAACCUUCUUGUCAGAGAAGAAUCGUAGUGCCAAAACAAUUGACGAAGGGUUUGUUGGACAAGACCCAUCGCAGCCAGGUGGGAGGACACUUCUCGGGACAAAGAUGGUAUAAUGCCCUCUCCAGGAAUUGAUGGUGGGAAGGCAUGUAUACAGACGCCAUGAAGUUUGUAAAGAGUUGCCCCGAAUGUCUCACGAUCAAGGGAAGUGGAAGACAUCAACCACCACCCUUACAUCCCAUCCAGGUGUCUAGGCCUUUUCAGAUAAUUGGAGUCGAUGUCAUGGACCUGCCAAAGACAAGUAACGGUAACAAACACGUGUUGGUAUUCCAGGAUUACUUCACAAAGUGGCCAAUGGUCUAUGCGAUGCCAGACCAGAAAGCCCAUCAAAUCGUGGAUAUUCUGGUCAAGGAAAUCGUGCCAACUGUAGGAGUGCCGGAAUGUUUGCUGUCGGAUAGGGGUACAAACCUCCUAUCCCACUUAAUGAUAGAUGUGUAAAGCGCUUGACUGAACACAACGCGGUUAACGGCGUACCACCCUCAAUGCGACGGGUUGGUCGAGCGUUUUAAUCGCAUACUCAAAUCUAUGUUGCGGAAACAUGCCUCUCGCUAUGGCAAGGAGUGGGAUCGUCAUCUGUAUGGUCCCCUCUGGAAUACGCCACAUGAAAGCACGGGCGAGAAGCCAUCAUUUCUUUUGUACGGCAGAGACUUGGGUUCUCCUGUAGAGGCAGAGUUGCUAGCUCCUGAGCCCCACCUUCCAUACUCAGUAGCAGAUUACCGGGAACAACUUGUACAAACUCUGUCCACCUCAAGGCAUUUGGCGGAAGAGAAGAUGCGUAAGGCCCAGACCCGAUAUAAAAAACAGUUUGACAAGAAAGCUCGUCAACGUCACUACCGAAUUGGAGAUUGGGUCAUGGUGAAAUUCCCUCAAGAAGAGCAAGGCAAGCUAAGAAAGCUGUCUCAUCUGUGGCAUGGGCCCUAUCGUGUGGUGGAACGUAGAGACCCUGAUAUAUCAGUGGCUAAGGUCUAUCACCCCCAAGAAGGAACUGUCCAAGUUCAUCAAGAGAGAGUUCCACCCGAACUACCUGCUGGAUAUUUUUGGUAUGGCACUCGUCGUCAUGCCAUUGGUAGACCCCCAAAAUGGGUUCAAGCGUUAUUGCAGAAGGGCACUGUGUGACCCAGGCGAAGAACCUGCUGAAUCCCUUGGUGACCCAGAAGAAGAGUCUGCUGAAUCCCUUGGUGACCCAGGCGAAGAGCCUGCUGAAUCCCUCCUCGGUGACCCAGAAGAAGAGUCUGCUGAAUCCCUUGGUGACCCAGGGGAAGAGCCUGCUGAAUCCCUUGGUGACCCAGACGACGAGUCUGCUGAAUCUCACUGUGGAGACCCAGACUUUAUGGCCGAGGAUUACCCGGUCCCUGAAUCCGAUUUUGAACCAACUAGAUUGUCAGCUUGUGUAGGUGACCAGACGGAGAGUGAUGAGGUCGUACAACCCGCACUGACAGUCGCUAUUCCCUGCAGAGACGAGUACAAGCCCCGGAACGUCUGAUGUGCCGAAGCUCGGGUCGAGCUUCUUGUAGGGGAAGGAGUGAUGUGAUAACUCUGAACUACUUUGAUGUUAGGUACACCACUGUAUAGUGUGGGUACAUUAUUAUAGCUAAACUGGACUUCCUGUAGUGUUCUAUAUUUAUUAAUAAUUUGUGCUAGAUUAGUGGUGCACAGGUGUGUGUGGAUCAGUCUGGAAUAAAU